AGCGCGCAAGCGGCCAAAAAGACUUCCGCGACGCCAGUCAAGACCGACCCAAAGCGAUAGCACGAGAGCUGGAGGGGGAUUUCCAGCUCGAGCCCUCACUUCCCGAAGCUGCAGUUGUUUUGCUUUCGGUCUGAAUGCUGAAAGAGAAAUCAACGACGGCCACCAUUUCCAAUUUCCACUUAAAACCUCGAACUACUUGUCCAACUUCGGCCCCAUUUGUUAUUCCGACGGCGGCACUGUGAAGCAAUAGGCCGUCCAAACUGAACAGGCCACCAUGCCGGUAGAGAGAAUGAGGAUGCGGCCAUGGCUGGAAGAGCAGAUCAAUUCUUGCCAGAUCCCAGGCCUGAAAUGGGUUAACAAGGAGAAGAGGAUCUUCCAGAUCCCGUGGAUGCAUGCAGCCCGUCAUGGCUGGGAUCUGGAGAAAGACGCCCCGCUCUUCAUGAGAUGGGCCAUACACACAGGUAAAUAUCAGGCAGGUGUGGACCGCCCUGACCCCAAGACAUGGAAAGCCAACUUCCGCUGUGCCAUGAACAGUCUGCCUGACAUUGAGGAAGUGAAGGACAAAAGCAUCAAAAAGGGAACUAACGCCUUCAGAGUUUAUAAGAUGCUCUCAUCCUCAGAGAGGAGCUUGAAAAAAGGAAAGAAAAAGAUGGACAAGGAUGGAAAAUCAAAAGGAAAUAAAGAGGUUACAUGUCCCUCCCCAGACAGAACCCUUCUCGAAGCUUAUGCCACAUCCGCUGACUCCAUGAACCCAGAUGUGCUGAAGCAAGAAGCUAUGGAAAUCACCGUGUCAAACAGUGGACCAGCCAUGCACAGCUCGGGAGAAGAUCAUGUGAUCAACAGCGAGCAGCUGCCCUAUGUCUGUCAGACAAUCGAAGUUACCACCGAGAAUGAAGAGCAGACCGUCAGCUCCUCCCACUCGUACCCGCUCCAGAUAUCUCCUGUGUCUUCAUGCUGCGGUAGUGACACAGAGAGCGACAGAGAGGACCCCAAAGAGCAUGGAGUUGGGGUGCGCUGGAAGAGGAAUUGCAGCUCGUCCGUUCUCAGAAUACCCUCAUGUUCCCUCCCCAGCAUGGCAACCUUUGUCAGCCCGAGCAAGCCCAACUUCCUUGUCACCAGCACCAGGGAUCCUGCCCCCCUCAUCAGCUACCACAUGGAUGGGUGGACGCCUGGCUACGACCAGAACUCUGUGGUGUCCCCGACCGGCAGCCACAACCACGAGAUGCGCGCCAGUGUCAUUAGAAAAACCUCUGACGUCACUUCUUCCUGACCCCCAAGGGGGGAGCGUCAUCUCUGCCUUAAGGGGAGCGCGGAAGAAACUGAACAUUUGGGUUCUCCUUCAGAGCUGUAAUGGGCCUUUUUGAUGAAAAAGAGAAGGAAAAAAGAAAAAAAAUGGAGGAAAACUUCCAGAACUUUAGAUUUAUUAUUGCAUCUGUCUUGGUCGACUGCUUCCAAAGUUCACUAAGUGCUCAGCGUUCACGGCAGAGGGAAGUAAGAGUUUCCUGGCAGAGCUAUUAUGAUGUCCCCGCUGCUUUGUGAUACCAAUUUAGCAUGAUAAAAAAAAAGCUUCUUGCCAGACGUUUCCAGAGCUUUUAAUGCCUAAUGAAAAUGACAAAUGCAAUGUUAUCUCGAUUGGGCUACAUUGAGCUGUGCUGUGAUUUGAAAAAGUCACGCAAAACUGACAUUUCCUUGAGCGUUCCAAGCACUUUCCUGAUGUGUCAGAGUGAAAUGCUUCACGGUGGGCACCUGGAUGGAAGCGCUCAAAGAGGGCGAGAAGGAAAUUGUAAUGGGUGGAGUUUGCAAUAUCAAAAUCAGCAUUUGUUUUUUAUCAGAGUAAAGAAUGACAUUCAUUCACCCCAUGGUGGAAAGCAGGUGUGUGUGUGUGUGUGUGUGUGUUUGUGUAUUUGGAGAGCUCUGGCUGUAUCCUGCCUUCCACAUACAGGUGGACUGACAGACUGUGAAAAUUUCACCAUGUCUCUUCCAGCCUCCUCUAAAAUGUACAUAGCCAAUAUGUUUGUAUGUAUGCCUGCAGCUGCUUUUUAGCACCUUAUGACAGUACUUGUCUGUGUGGUGUGAGUGAAACAGAGUUAGAGCAAAGCCUUACAGAAUAUAUGUGCCUUCUGACUGUGUAACUGUAUUCAAACUAUCUGUGCUUUUAUCCACCGGGAAAGUCGUGACGAUUUCCCCCCUGUGUAUAAGGAGCAAGGAUGGGUUGAGCAUUUCUAUCGCUUUGUUUUUGUGAAUGAGAGAGAAUCUUGGAGGUUUGCAUUGGAACUUUAAAAAGAAAAGUUUUAAAAAGUACAAUAGAGAAAAGACCCUGGGCUAUUUCUCACAGCGAAAAUUAUGCCGUGGCUACCGGGAAAGAGGAGAAGGUUUAAGUGGCUGACAUUUAAUUUAAAAAAAUAGUUACGUUAACACAUUGAUUUCCCCAGCUUCAUAAAAUUCAAACUCUUUGAGACCACAAAUGUUUGCGAAAAGCCCCUCCUGAGUUCCAGUAGCACAUGAGCAGCUGGCAGGUUCAAGCACAGUCUGCAGGAGGAACAGUGAAGACAGUCCAUAAUGCAACACUGGAUGCACACAAGUAUCGUGGCGAUUUACUAUUUUUCUUUGUUAAAAUAAAACUCAUAGGAUAAAAAGGGUGGGUGUCUUAAUACAUGUGCCUUCUUUGUUAGAACAACACACCCAUAGUUCUACUUUUUUUUUUUUUAAACUCGGAUUAUGAAAUAGUUUCUCAAAAGUCUGUGAAAGGUGAUGACUAAAUUAGUGUAUAUUGAUAAUUUCAUCCGUCACAGCUAACGUCUUCCUUCUGUUUUGGACCAACGUCCCUGAUAGCCUCUUCCAGUGAAUACUAGUGAGUGUUACCAUGUGCCACACUACACCAAGUGUUGUCUGCCAUAUACAGGUCCAUUUUUCUCGCCUUAAUAAAGCCCGAACAGCUUGUUUAGAUUAAAAAAAAUAAAUAAAAAUAAAAAUAAUUUCUGCUUCAUUAAAUCGGCAAAAGGGACUUCAAUACAGCCAAGAUGUCAUCAGUGAAAUGUUUUUUUUUUUGUAAAGCAUAAGGUUUUAACAGCAUGUCACACUUUGUCUUCUGUACAGGAAUAAACAAAGAAAGAAAGACUACAUGUGAAUUAACAUGUACAAAUGAAAUAAAGGUGUUUUUUUUUAUUUAUUCUCACCCCUUUGAGAUUUACGACCCCUGAAAAGAGGUCACAUAGCUGAGGCUUUAUCUUAUGUGCUCUAAAAGAUCAGAGUCCAGUUUUAAAGCACCCAAGCCUCUGAGAGUACUUGUUUAUCUGUUGCUGUUGAGUGAAGGGAAAAAAAUAAGUCCACUUAAUGCAAAGUCCUCCAAAAUGAUGCUUCUUGUCUCUCGUUUAUGAGACAAGAGAGAAAGAUUUUCUACUGUAAUGUAAUCACUAUAUGAGAGCAAGUAUUGUGUGUGU